AUGUGCUCACACCUCAACUGGGAGUGUGGCCCGCUGUUGCUGUUACUACUUACAAGUGCUCUGGAAGGGCUGCAGAUCAUUGUGGAGGAGGGGAAGGAUGCUUCCCUGCCCUGUGACUAUUCUUCCUACGGGGGCCAGGUCCCUAUGUGCUGGGGCAAGGGAGCUUGUCCCUUGACCCAGUGUCAAAGUCGGGUGCUCAGCACGGAUGGAACAAUUAUAAACUAUCAAACAUCUAGCAGAUACCAGCUGAAGGGGAAUCUUCAGCGUGGAGAUGUGUCCUUGACCAUAGAGAAAGUGACCUGGGAUGAUGAAGGGACCUACUGCUGCCGGAUCCAGUUCCCAGGCCCACUGAAUGAUAAAAAAAUUAACUUGGAUUUGGUCAUCAAAAAAGCCAAGGUCACCCCUGCCCCGACACCAACCUUGCUGGGGAUGCCCACCACCCGAGGAUGCCACUCAGCAGAAACCCAGAACCAGACCCAGGCGACCCUUCAUGAUGAAAAUCAAACAGUAACACAAAAUUAUUCAUUGGCUGCUGAGGUCGGCCCCACUGGCUCCAGGAUGAGCGUCAUCUAUGUGGGAGCAGGGGUGUCUGCUGGGAUGCUUCUGCUCCUUAUCUUUGGUGUUAUGAUUUUCAAAUGUUAUUCUCAUAGGAAAGAGAAGUUACAGAAUUCAAGCCUGGUUACUUCAGUCAACAUAGCCCCCUCAGGGUUAGCCAACAUGGCAGCACAGGGAUGUCGCUCGGAGGAGAACAUCUACGUCAUCGAGGAGAACUACGUCAUCGAGGAGAACGCAUACGAAAUGGAGGAUCCCUAUGCAUAUUACUGCUCUGUCAUCCCCGAGCAGCCAUCCUGACCUUUCAUCACCCUCGACUCCAGAGGCUUCUUUUUUGAGCUUGGUGCUGUCUCCUUUGAAAGCCAUGAAGUGUCUGCUGGCUGUUCCUGGAAGAUCUGUCCCAUCACUACCAAGCCUGAAUGGCCCAUUUUCUGAUGCUAGUUAGCUCACAGUGUAUUGAACUGGAACCCACUGACUUAGGUACAAUGGUACCUCCAGAUCCCAGUGGACAGAACUAUUCAUCUCAGUUAUUGUCAGGGUGCUCAUAUGGGUAGGAAUUCUAAUAUGGGGGUCUCUGGAAUGGCUGUAAAAUCAGUCCUUGGUGACCCUGAAGCUCCUGAAAAUAGAGGGAAAUGAUGUGCCAAUACAUGGCUAUGUCUCUUUUUGGUACAGAAAGGCCAAAGAAGUCACAGAUUUUCAAAGAGAUCUGUGAUCCAUGAAGGGUCAAGCAACUACUGGAGUAGGACUAGAAGGUUCUAGAAAGUUCCCUCUGAAUAUCCAGGUUUACUCUUCUUUGAAUGUUGGCUUCCCUGCAGUGAGUGCCCCUGCACUCCUUUGCCUCAGUUAUGGGGAGACCACGUGAGAGACUACUGUGUGUAGGAGGCGCUGGAAAAAGGGAAGUAUGCUCAGUUUGUGUGGCCAGGUUCUGCUUGGGGUGCUUUGAAAGGGAAAUGUCUCUGACCAACUUCUCCAUUCAUGAGCUGGAUUUUCCAUAGAAGAGAAGCAGUGACUCGGAUGUGGAUUCUGUUUCCUUGUGGAAAGCAGCAAUUCCGAGAUCUGUUCCUAUCAGCAUCAGAUCCUUGAUGGGAAGACAGUAGUCAGCUGUUGCUACCUCUCCAGGGCCUGGCCCAGCUCUCAGACAUAAUAGAAAUUCACUAAGUAUCUUUGGAGUGAAAAAAUUAAAUCAUCAGAAAUGUACUUUCUUGAGGGACUUUUCUACGUUGGGUUCUGACAGAUCCUGGCUGUAUAGCCUUGCUUCUUGGAAAACUCACAAAUCCCCCCAGCUCCCAUCUGCUCUGCUCCAGGCUUUGUGUUCUCAGCAUCCUCUCUCAGCACAGCCCUGGGGAGUUGUUACUCUUGUCUGUCUCCCUCUUCAGCACAUAAAGAAUGAUACACAAUAUGGUCUUGUUGCUGCCUGAAACUCCAGUGCUCCCCAGGUGAUGGCUGAACUCGAUGCUGCAAGUAAAAGAUGCUGGUCACCCAGGAUGCUGGCAGUCUGCUUGUUUCUGGGUCUUUCCUGCAGUCUUGUUGUGUGAAUUAUGGUGUUUGGCAGCAUCUAGACAGUUUGGGGAAACACUGAGGUAUGUAAGGGAGAUCAUUUUGCAAAAUUAUAGGCAGUGCUCUCAGGCAAGCUGUAAAAUUAAUCAUAAGUAUUUUAAAGUUAAGAAUUUCUAAAGGGAAGGGACUUCAGAACAUAUUUGGACCAGGUUAGUGGUUUCCCCCAAUUCUCCCCUAAAAAGAUAUUCUACAAAUCUCUUUAAACGAGGGUGUGUAUACGGGUGCGGUGAAAGUAGUGAUUUGGUAAGGCUUUUCCCAUUGGUAGUUGGAAGAAGUGGUUACGGUGGUACAUUGGCACACGAGUGCAGUUAAAAAGAGUUUGGUGCUUUCUUCCUGGAGUUGCUUUACCAGUUCAACAAAUAUUUAUUAUGCUUAUUAUAUGCCAGGCAUGCUCUGGUGUUGAGACCAUAGAAAGAGACCAAACAAAUACACUUCUGACCCCACAGAACUGGCACUGGAUCUGACAGGAAGGAGCUUCCUUCAAUGAAUAGUUACUGGCAUUUAAUUUGAGCUCUGACACUGUCCUAGCUCCUAGAAAUACAUUAGACGAAGGAGAAGAUCCCUAGCCUCAUAGAACUUGCCUUAUAUGUCAGAA